CUGUGCCUGAAGCUCGAGCUCAAUACAACGAGUCAUGGACUGUACUCCGCAUUAACGGCGAUACUUCAACAACCGACCUCGACUCCACCGAUCAGCCGUCUUUCGUAUUGAAUUCAGUUCCUCACUAUGCCGGGGAUGAAUGCACCAAUGAGGAGCCUGACCGGUAUGCCUGAUCGCAUGUUAUGUGCAGUGCUGGAGCAAUUUCAGCUUUACUUUUCCCGUUGAUCCACUCUCUCUAUAGCACAGCGAGCCCAAGCAUGCUGAAGAGGAAGCAGAGCUCGCGGGUUGAGGCCCAGCCUAUGACCGACUUUGGGCCAGAUGAAACACUGACAGACAGUGCAGACAUACUUUGGAUCAACAAACCAUGGGUUCAUUCUCUCCUGCGGGCCUGUGCCAUAAUCAGUGUCAUUUCGGUGUGUAUGAAUACACCUAAGACCUUUGAGCACCACCCACCCCUGCAGUAUGUCACGUUUGCCUUUGAUACGCUGCUGAUGUUCCUCUACACUGCAGAGAUGAUCGCCAAAAUGCAUAUCAGGGGCAUCAUCAAGGGAGAGAACUCCUAUGUUAAAGACCGCUGGUGCGUGUUUGAUGGCUUUAUGGUGGUCUUCCUCUGGGUCUCUCUUGUGCUUCAGGUGUUUGAAAUAGCAGAGAUUGUGGACCAAAUGUCACCCUGGGGAAUGUUACGCAUACCAAGGGCCCUCAUUAUGAUCCGAGCCUUCCGAAUCUACUUCCGAUUUGAACUGCCGCGUUCCCGCAUAACCAACAUUCUCAAGCGGUCGGGGGAGCAGAUUUGGAGUGUGUCCAUAUUUUUGCUCUUCUUCCUGCUCCUGUAUGGAAUCCUGGGGGUUCAGAUGUUUGGAACCUUCAAUCAUCACUGCGUCACCAAUGAAACACAGAAAGGUAAUGUGACAUGGAACAGCCUGGCGAUCCCUGAUACACACUGCUCUCCGAACGGGGAGGGUUAUCGGUGUCCGACGGGGUUUAAGUGUGUGGAUCUGGAAGACUUGGGACUCAGCAGACAGGAACUCGGAUACAGUGGCUUCAAUGAGCUUGGCACCAGUAUAUUCACUGUAUAUGAGGCCGCAUCUCAGGAGGGAUGGGUCUUCAUCAUGUAUCGAGCCAUCGACAGCUUCCCACGCUGGCGCUCGUAUUUCUACUUCAUCACGCUCAUCUUCUUCCUCGCCUGGCUGGUCAAGAAUGUGUUCAUCGCUGUGAUUAUAGAAACGUUUGCUGAGAUCAGAGUGCAGUUCCAGCAGAUGUGGGGAUCCCGGAGCAGCACCACGUCAACAGCUACUACACAGAUGUUUCACGAGGACGCGUCUGGUGGAUGGCAGCUCGUGGCGGUGGACGUGAAUAAACCACAUGGCCGGGCGCCUGCUUGCCUCCAGCAACUGAUACGAUCUUCAGUUUUCCACAUGUUCAUCCUCAGUAUGGUGGCCGUUGACGUGAUUGUAGCUGCUAGCAAUUACCACAGGGGCGAGGACCAUAAACUCACCAAUGACGAGUUCUACCUGGCUGAGGUCGCCUUCACUGUGCUGUUUGAUUUGGAAGCCCUGCUGAAAAUCUGGUGUUUGGGCUUCACUGGCUACAUCAGUUCCUCUCUACACAAGUUUGAGUCUCUGCUUGUAGUGGGCACCACCCUGCACAUCUACCCUGAUCUCUACCACUCGCAGUUCACCUACUUCCAGGUUUUGCGAGUGGUCCGUCUAAUAAAGAUUUCUCCAGCAUUGGAAGACUUUGUGUAUAAGAUUUUUGGUCCAGGGAAGAAACUCGGCAGUCUAGUGGUUUUCACUGCCAGUCUGCUCAUAGUGAUGUCUGCCAUCAGUCUGCAGAUGUUCUGCUUUGUGGAGGACUUGGAUCGUUUCACCACAUUUCCACGGGCAUUUAUGUCCAUGUUCCAGAUUCUUACACAGGAGGGAUGGGUGGAUGUCAUGGACCAAACUCUGGUGGCAGUGGGACAGAUGUGGGCUCCAGUGGUGGCCAUAUACUUCAUUCUCUACCACCUGUUUGCCACACUGAUCCUUCUGAGUCUUUUUGUGGCUGUGAUUUUGGACAAUCUUGAGUUGGAUGAAGACUUGAAGAAGUUAAAACAGCUGAAACAGAGCGAAGCCAAUGCUGAUACAAAAGAGAAACUUCCUCUGCGAUUACGGAUCUUUGAGAAGUUCCCCAAUCGACCACAGAUGGUGAAAAUCUCCAAGUUGCCAUCAAACUUCACUGUGCCUAGAAUCAGGGAGAGCUUCAUGAAGCAGUUCAUCGACCGACAGCAGCAGGACCUCAGCUGUCUGCUCCGUCGCCUUCCCUCAGCGUCGUCCUCAUCCUGCGACCAUUCCAAGGGGUCUGCCAUUGAGGAUAAUAAAUACAUAGAUCAGAAGCUCCGAAAGUCAGUAUUUAGCAUCCGGGCCCAUAACCUCAUGGAAAAGGAAACCACUGUCAAUAAAAUUCUGCGAUCCUGCACUGAGCAACGUAUGAUGAGUGGCUCUUUUGAGGGUCAGCCAACAAAAGAGAGAUCCAUACUCAGUGUCCAGCACCACAUCCGCCAAGAACGCCGGUCCCUCAGACAGGGCUCUACCAGCCAGAGAAUCAGUAGAGGGAAAUCCCUGGAAACACUCACUCAGGAUCACUCCAGCACGGUCCGCUACCGUAACGCCCAGCGGGAGGACAGUGAAAUCAAGAUGAUACAAGAGAAAAAGGAGCAGGCUGAGAUGAAACGAAAAGUCCAAGAGGAGGAACUCCGGGAAAACCAUCCAUACUUUGACAAACCACUCUUCAUUGUUGGUAGAGAGCAUCGCUUCCGAAACUUUUGCCGAAUGAUUGUGCGGGCCCGUUUCAAUGCGUUAAAAACGGAUCCCAAUACAGGCGCAGUGAACAGCACAAAAUACCAUCAAUUAUAUGAUUUACUGGGCUUGGUAACCUAUCUGGACUGGGUGAUGAUCGUGGUCACCAUCUGCUCUUGUAUUUCCAUGAUGUUUGAGUCCCCUUUUACUAGGGUCAUGCAUGUCCCUACCCUGCAGAUCGGAGAAUUCGUGUUUGUCAUCUUCAUGAGCAUUGAGCUGAACCUGAAGAUCAUGGCAGAUGGUCUGUUCUUCACUCCCACUGCAGUCAUCCGAGACUUCGGUGGCGUCAUGGACAUCUUCAUCUACUUAGUCAGUCUGAUCUUUCUAUGCUGGCUACCAAACAGUGUGCCUCCAGAGUCUGGUGCCCAGCUCCUCAUGAUGCUACGCUGCCUGCGCCCACUGCGUAUCUUUAAACUGGUGCCCCAAAUGAGGAAGGUGGUGCGAGAGGUCCUCAAGGGUUUCAAAGAGAUCUUCUUGGUCUCUAUUCUUCUUCUGACACUAAUGCUGGUGUUUGCAACCUUUGGGGUGCAACUCUUUGCUGGAAAACUUGCCAAAUGUAAUGAUCCCCAUAUCUCCAAUAAGGAGGACUGCCAUGGCAUCUUUAGAAUCAAUGUGAGCAUUUCAAAGAACCUGAAUUUAAAGCUCAGGCCGGGCGAGAAGAAACCAGGAUUCUGGGUGCCAAGAGUUUGGGCAAACCCUCGAAACUUUAAUUUUGAUAAUGUGGGCAACGCCAUGCUGGCUCUAUUUGAGGUGCUGUCACUGAAGGGCUGGGUGGAGGUGAGAGACGUCAUCAUACACAGAGUAGGACCGAUUCACGGCAUCUACAUCCACGUCUUUGUGUUCUUGGGCUGUAUGAUUGGGCUCACUCUUUUUGUUGGUGUUGUCAUAGCCAACUUUAAUGAAAAUAAGGGCACUGCUCUUUUGACCGUGGAUCAGAGGAGAUGGGAAGAUUUGAAAAGUCGACUGAAGAUUGCUCAGCCCCUCCACCUCCCCCCACGUCCGGAAAACGCUGGAUUCCGUGCAAAAAUGUAUGACAUUACCCAACAUCCUUUUUUCAAGCGAGGUAUUGCAGUGCUGGUGUUAGCACAGUCUGUCCUCCUGUCUGUUAAGUGGGAUGAACUUCACCCGGUUACUUUUCCUUUGGCCACAAUGUCUGUGGUUUUCACAUUCAUUUUUGUUCUGGAGGUGACUAUGAAACUGAUAGCUAUGUCACCAGCUGGAUACUGGCAGAGCAGGAGAAACAGAUAUGACCUACUCGUCACAUCCCUGGGAGUCAUAUGGAUCAUUUUGCACUUUGCUUUACAGAGCCUAGCUGAAAGCGAUCCCAACAAUAAUCACUUUAUUUCCCUCUUAGCCAUCAUUGUGGAGAAUUUCUCUUUGUUCUACUCCACCGAGGAGGACCAGUUGCUAAGCUACAACGACCUGCGUCACUUCCAGAUAAUUUGGAACAUGGUGGAUGACAAGCGGGAGGGAGUGAUACCGACCUCUCGGGUGAAGUUUCUGCUCCGUCUGCUGAGAGGUCGUCUGGAAGUUGACCUGGAAAAAGACAAGCUUCUCUUCAAACACAUGUGUUAUGAGAUGGAGCGUCUGCACAACGGAGGAGAUGUCACCUUCCAUGAUGUACUGAGCAUGCUGUCGUACCGCUCAGUUGAUAUCCGGAAGAGUCUUCAGCUGGAGGAGCUGUUGGCGCGAGAGCAGCUUGAAUACACUAUAGAGGAGGAGGUGGCCAAACAAACCAUCCGCAUGUGGUUAAAGAAGUGCCUCAAACGCAUACGAGCAAAGCAGCAGCAGUCAUGUAGCAUCAUUCUCAGUCUGAGAGAGAGCCAACAGCAGGACCUCCGGCGCCUGCUCAACCCUCCCAGCAUUGAGACCACCGUCCCCAGCGAGGACACCAACGCCCAUAACCAAGACAAUCCCACUCAGCCAGAGAGCAGCGGCCUGCAGACCUUACUGAGCCCCACCCUGUCGGACCGCAGCAGAUAUCGACAGGACUCCGCCGACCGACCCCAGAGGAAGCUGGGACAGUGGCGACUUCCUGCAGGGCACACAAGUGUGAAGUCCAUGGUGUGUAAGAUGAACCCUGUGAGUGAUGAGGCCUCCUCGGGGUCUGAAUUCAAGAAGUGGUGGACUCGCCAACUGACAGUGGAAAGUGAUGAAAGCGGCGAUGACCUCAUUGAUAUCUGAAGCAAAACGGCCUGCUAAGUUUUUCAGAUUUUCCUCUUAAGAAAGGAUCAUUCGGCUAAAUCUUUUGUAUUGGCUUCUUAUAUGACAUAAGCCAUGAUCCUCUGUUAGCUUUACGUAGGGGAGUCUAUGCUGCUUAAAGCAUCACCUGCACCCGUUCAAGCCUCCUUUUGCUUAUUCAAAGACAAUAAAUGUCGGUUUCAACCAUGUUAAUGCUCACCCUACUGUGGUGGAAGAUUUUCAGUGAGCAUUGUUUUGUCAAUGAGAAAUAUCUUUGAUGAAAGAGCAGCUGUAAAGUGUCCUCAGGAAGUUUAUGUAAUGUAAUAUAAGAGUCUAAUAAUCUGAAUUCUAGAUGUAAUGGUUAGGGAAUUCACAUGCUUUACGUGACGCACCUAACCAAAGCCAUAGCGUUCUCCUUGUUUGUCUUUUGUGCCACCAUAAUAUGUCUUCAUUACAUGGGUGUUUGUAAGAUCCACAAUUAUCUUGUGUUGUAAAACUGGGCUUACACUUUAUAAAAUGCAACCACUUUCUUACAUUAUGGCAAGACAGUGAAUGUAACUGUAUUAUGUGUCUACGCGACUGGGAUUUUUCCAGAUGUUUAAUUAUUAUAA